GCCAAGUUCACAAGAGUUUCAGAAAUUCUGCAAAUGUCCAUUUUUUGCAGCAUGAAGGUCUUCUUUCAGAUUCUCCAAUGUACAAGAAAGAAAAGACUCAUUACACCAAAUACCCUCCUUCUAUAUUGAGAAAAAGAUCAUCUAUGAACCAAGGUGUCAGUAACAAGCAAAGAGCCAAGAGAAGAGUUCGAUUCCAGGAACCAGAAGAAAUUGUUGUAUAUGCACAUGAGAAGCCAGCAAGCAUUUUGCCUUUGAUCCUGGGGAUUUUGCUUUGUUGUGUGCUUCUCCUUUCGGCUGUGAGUCUCUACUACACCAGCAUGAGGCAAAAUCUCAAAGUCUUGGAAGAAUUUCACUCCCAGCUUGUUAUCGUCCUCCUUCAGAUCAGACACAUUGCUUUGAAAUGUUGGACUUGGCUUGUGAGGCAAUAGACAGCCAUAUGAGUGGAACCAUGCUGGGCUGGAGACAAUGGGCUACUUUACUUCAGGACAAGUUCUGGAUGCAGUU